AUGUUUAAGAAGUUAGCUCGUAAAGAUGAUGUGCCAGUCGUUGAGUUAUCACAAACAACUAGCUUUAUUUACGAUAAGGUAGCCAAAAAGUGGAUUACAGUUGAUUCUAAGACAAUGAAGCCUAUCAAAAUGGAAGUAACUCAGUGCCGAGCAGAAGAUAAGCUAUCUAAUGGCCAGCCUAAACCAAUGCCUCUACCAAAACUCACUAAGCCUCUACCUAAUCUACCUAAAAUACCACAGCCUGUUCCCGGGCAAGUUCCUCGUACGACAGUUAAGACUCUUGAAGCCCGGUAUGGUAAGCCUAUGAUUCCAGUUGCAGAUAUGCCAGCAGUUGCUACUCCUAUGUUCCCUAUGCCAGUGGGUCAAUAUUCCGAGAAGAAUGCUAAAGUCUUUGUUCCUAAGUUCACUCCAACCGCGGAAGAUACUGCGAAUUCUCACAACUAA